CACUGGACAACCAUUUGAGCGCAAGCGCAAGCGCAUCCCCGUGUCGCCGUAAAAGAGUGAAAGAACGUCCGUUGAAUCCAUUGUCCAUUCAGGUCGUUAAACACCUGGGAAUUAAAGCAAUAGGACGGUGGGGCAAAUCUUGGAACUUAGCCCCAACUUACACCAAGAAACACCCCUGCAUCACCUAGGUAACUCACCCUUACCACCCAGCACCCCAAGCAGCCCAAAGCUACACUAGAACUUUAGGGACACAAAUAUCAGGGCGCCUUAUCUUCUAACGCCCGUAUUGUACCUGCUGUACAUACUUGCAGUGCUAGAAGUAGGUGACUACCUAGUACCUGCUUGUUAUCAACUAGAAGCUCUCCGGUCCACGGCUAUUCCACAUAAAAGCCGCAGCGUCCCCCCGCAAUCAAUUUUUCACUUCCCAAUCUCUCCCUAUCACAAUUCUACUCUUACCUCCCCGUCUUCUUCCUCCUUGAACAAGUUCUUCUAUAAUAACUCCUUUCGUUUCGAACUUGUUGGAGUAUUUUACGAUUUACGAGUCUGCAUCCUAAGAAAAAUACACCUAGAUCAAGAUUAAUCUUCCAAUACCGCAAACAUGGCCGAAAGCAAGUUCGUCUCGUACACUGAGAACCUCAUGAAAUACAUGAAGCUCGACCAGAAGGGAAACGCCAUGGCGGAGUACAUCUGGAUCGAUGCUCACGGUCAUGUUCGUUCCAAGAGCAAGACCAUUACCAAGAUCCCCGCGGAUGGUAACUUCAAGCCUGAGGAUCUUCCCGUCUGGAACUUCGACGGUUCCUCCACCGACCAGGCCCCGGGUGACAACAGCGAUGUCUACCUACGACCCGUCGCCGUUUAUCCCGACCCUAUGCGAGGCGUUCCCAACAUCUUGGUCCUUGCGGAGUGUUGGAACGCCGAUGGCACUCCCAACAAGUUCAACCACCGUCACGAAUGCGCCAAGCUGAUGGAGGCGCACGCCGAGCACGUGCCGUGGUUCGGCCUCGAGCAGGAAUACACUCUUUUCGACAUGGAAGACCGCCCCUACGGCUGGCCCAAGAACGGGUACCCUGCUCCUCAGGGCCCUUACUACUGCGGUGUCGGUGCCGGCCGAGUUAUGUGCCGUGACAUCGUUGAUGCUCACUACAAGGCUUGCUUGUAUGCUGGUAUCAAGAUCUCUGGAACCAAUGCCGAGGUCAUGCCCGCCCAGUGGGAGUUCCAGGUUGGUCCCUGCGAGGGAAUUGAGAUGGGUGACCAGCUCUGGAUGGCUCGUUUCCUCCUCCACCGCGUCGCUGAAGAAUUCGGCGCCAAGAUCUCCGUCCAGCCUAAGCCCAUCCCCGGUGACUGGAACGGUGCUGGUCUUCACAGCAACUUCUCCACCAAGGAGAUGCGUGUCGAGGGCGGAAUGAAGCACAUCGAAGCGGCGAUCAAGAAGCUAGAGGCCCGACACAAGGAACACAUUGCCGUGUACGGUGAGGGCAACGACCUGCGUCUGACGGGACGACACGAGACUGGUGCCAUCGACCAGUUCAGCUUCGGUAUCGCGAACCGAGGCGCCUCCAUCCGUAUCCCCCGAGAAUGCGCCGCGAAGGGCUACGGUUACUUCGAGGACCGACGACCGGCCUCGAACGCAGACCCUUACCAAAUCACGGGCAUAAUUAUGGAGUCAAUUUUCGGCGCAGUUAACUAAACAGGAGGAUACCCCAUUGGUCGUAAUGAAUUGCUUUUAUGCGGAGCCUUUGACAUAGAUCAGAAGUCUCUGAAGACAUGAAAUGACAUGAAUACUUUUUCGAACACCUGAAUCUAUCUGUCCACGCGACGUGAUAUGUUUAGUCUACCUAGUCUACCAUCCAUUUCUCCAUUGCAUACCCCUAUGAUUAUUUACAAUCAAACAGACGGUUGAAAGUUAGACCCGGAAUGAAAAAAGAUCUUGUUAAUAUGUAUAAGGGCUUAAUCGAGGCCCGA